CCAAGACAAACGCGGAAGCACAAUAACCCGUGAUGUGAUUUUAUUAUUCUCUCCGAAUUCGGCUUCACAUACUCUUUUAUUUCCCAAAGAAAUCGAAUUAAUAUUCUUACCUACGAAUGUAUGUGAUGCUUUAGAUAUUAAACAAAAUAAUUAAAAACAGUUAGAACUAAUGAUAGGGGGGAGAAACGGGGAUCAGUGGGAUCUGGGUUUGCGACGGUGACUUGAGCGAUCUGUGAAGUGUCCAAUCAGCGGGCCGGCUCGUGUACGCGAGCCAAUCAGAGAGCAGGAGGCGGGACUUGUUUGAAUGCUGUCAAAAGCAUGUUUAUAUAAAGGCACAUGAUGGAGGUUCACCGCUGCUGCUGUCAGAGGCUCGGAUUCAAGCUGCGUUAAUGAUGAUUAUACACACAGCUUGUUUCUGUUUCAUGAAGACGACGGAACAGAAGAGGAAGAUGACGGACCGAAACGCGAAUCCCUGCGAGUCUAUUUCUCAGAACGGCUGUGCUUUUGGAAUUUAACUCCAAAAAAUAGUAAUAAUAAUAAAUAAAACACAACAAUGGACAAUAAACAGAGGGACAAGACGAGAGGCAGAUACUUCGGACAUGCCAAGGACAGGUUGGGCACCAGGCUGCCGUCAGGCUUCAUACAGCCUCCAGGCUUUGUCACAGUACAGUGGGAAACCUCUGUUAGCGCUAACGCAGGACAGGACGUUACGGACACCGUGCGCCAUCACAUCCGCAACCCCAAACUGAGACAGUAUUAUCUCAAAGAGGCUGCUUUUCCAUCUGACACGUCAACCACGAAGACGCUGCAAUCACAAGCAGAAUCAAGCAGGAGGGAUGAACAAGCGGUGCAUCGGGGGGACACGGUGUUCAGUAUAACCUCUCAGAUCACUGGUGGUCCAGCAGAUACCACUUUACUCCCACAGAAAGUCUCAGUGAUGCUCUCGGACCUUUCUGAGCCCAGGCUGGACGCCAUGACCCCAACGACCCCUGUGUCGCCGUCCACUGACGCUGAAUAUGACAAGCUCCUGGAUGUGGAGGCGGUGCCGUUGCCUGACGGACAGCUCUGCCUAUUGGCUCUUCCAUCCGAGUGCACACAGGGGGCGGGGCCAUCGAACCCACCGUGUCUCAAACUGUUCUGUCGCUUCAUCACCGAACGGAAAGGCGUGGUUUCUGGCAUUCUGCUCUUAGCAGCCAGUAAGAUCUUCUUCGACCCGUAUAAGUCCCUCCCCCUGGUGCAGGAGAACGGCUGCGAGGAGUAUCUCUUCUCCUGUCCGGUGGACAAUCUCUCAUCCAUCACCUUUUUCUCUGACAUCUCAAACGUUCACUUCAGCAGGUCGACACAGAGGUGGAAACGUCGUCAAAACGAUAAAAAGGUAAAAAAAAAUCAGAUCGGAUGUGUCACCGCGUCCACGCCGGUUUCUACCGUGACACGUGACAUGCAGUUGGAAGCGGAGGCAGGUGGAGCGUUGGAGGAUGAGGCCGAGGAGAGCAGAGACAUGGCGGAGGUCGAGCGACAGCUGGAGCAGCUUGUGCUCGAGCUCAACACCGGGCAACAGCUGCGUUCAGAAAAGCAGCUCUCGGCAGGACACAGCACCAGGACCAGCUGUAUGAUGUUCGUGAGGAUGCGUCAGAAGCAGCUGCUGAAGAAGAAGGUUUUCGGGAAGCUGGAGCUCGGAAAAUCCAGAACGGUUUUGUGCAGAGACGCCUGGUUCAUUCUGCAACAAGAGAGUUCAGACGAGCUCUACUCCUACCUGAGCCAGCACUGGCCCGACCUGUGCAUCCUGGAAGGAGGAGAAGAGGAAGAGGAGGCAGAGUGGGAUGAAGACGACUUUGUGAUUCUCAGCGAAGAGGAAGGAGGGGAAUCGCACCGAGACGGUCAUACUGCAGAUGAGUGGGAGAUGGUGUGUGUAGAGGAAAGCAGGAUGAAGGAGUCCCUGCCUAUAGACAAAGAGCCUGAUGGACUGAGUGACAUUGUGAAGCAGAGUCUCAUUCUGAAUGCACAACACGUCAAAGAGCUGUCGGCCGAGCUUCCUCCUCGCACCGUGGGUUAUUCAUGGAGAUUAGCCUACAGCAUGAGCAAACACGGUGCCAGUCUCAAAACACUCUACAGGAAGCUGAGCGUCUCGGAUUCGCCCGUCUUGCUUCUCAUCCGAGACGGCACCGGACAGGUGUUUGGUGGUUUCCUCUCUCACCCUUUGCACCCGAGUGACAAGUUUUAUGGUACUGGAGAGACCUUCCUCUUCCUUCUACACCCUCGAUUUAAGUGCUUCCACUGGACAGGUGAAAACUCCUUUUUCAUUAAAGGUGACCUUGACUCCUUUGCCAUCGGUGGUGGAAGUGGACACUUCGGCCUGUGGUUGGACGAGUCUCUGUAUGUGGGCCGGAGCAGCCCGUGUUACACCUUCAACAACUGCAGCCUGUCUGAGAAGAGCGACUUCCGGGUGCUCGAGUUCGAAGCCUGGACCUUCUGGUGAUCUCGGUGUUCCUCGGCUCCGAGUUCCCAAAGGGCUGUUUGGUAGCGAACGAGGAUUAGAGUGAAGACUGUCUCUGAGAUCUGUUGGAAUUUGUGAAGCAAUAUUGGAUUAAUUUUUUUUGUA